AAUGGAGCUGAAUUGAACUGAACUGAACUGAUCUGAACUGAACUGAAAAUAAGCUGGGGAGAACAGACCCUUACAAUAAUCUACUCUAUUCUUAUAAACGAUAAGGUUGAAGCUCCCCUCAUGCAGAGUCUAACUUUUUUUGGCUCACCUUUAUAAAAAAAAAACAAACAAACAAUGUGGUCAUCAAUACGACGACGUCACUGGAAAGUGAGACAUUGGUCUGAAGUCACAGUUAACGGUUCUAAGAAAGCCACGUCAUCUCCCGCCAACUUCAAUCAACCUACAAGGGUAAAACAGUAAAUUCCAAACCACUUUUUCUUUUCCCAACUGAAGGCGGUUGUUCUUCCUCUUUCUCUCUCUAACUCCUCUACUUCCUUCCUCAAAAUUCAAAGACUCCAUUUUUAUACUCUUUUGAGCAUUUUUACAAGUGAAGUGAAUUGACCAAAAUGCCACCGAGAACAAGGAGAGCAGCAUCACCCAAAUUUGUAAUUGCAAGAGAUGAAGAUUCUGAAGAAAGCUCUUCUGAUGAAGAACUUGAAAAUGGCGUCGAUAAUAGUGAAAGCGACGAACUUGAAGAACAAGAACAAAUUCAACACUCUAUUGAAGAGAUUAAGAGGAGAGAGAAAAUACCCAUCACCAUUUCUCUCAAAAAAGUCUGCAAAGUUUGUAAGAAGUCAGGACAUCAAGCAGGUUUUCAAGGGGCUACUUAUAUUGAUUGUCCUAUGAAGCCUUGUUUCCUUUGCAAAUUGCCUGGCCAUACAACAAUGAACUGUCCUCACCGUGUAGCUACCGAGCAUGGUGUCGUGCCAGCACCUCGUAAAAGUACUCGUCACUCAGUGGACUAUAUUUUUGAACGCCAGCUUAGGCCACAUGUACCUGCUAUCAAGCCUGGAUUUUUGAUCCCGAAUCAAGUGACACGUGCAGUUAUCAGAUACCAUAGUAGACGUGUUACAUGCUUGGAAUUUCAUCCGACAAAUAAUAAUAUCCUUCUAUCUGGGGACAAGAAAGGUCAACUUGGAGUCUGGGACUAUGAUAAAGUAUACGAAAAGAGAGUUUAUACGAAUAUUCACUCUUGCUUACUCAACAGUAUGAGAUUUAGUUCAGUUAAUGAUGGAACUAUCUUUGGUGCUUCCUCUGAUGGGACUAUUAGCUGCACCGACUUAGAAACUGGAAUCUCGGAAUCAAUGAUGGACCUCAAUCCCAAUGGUUGGAAUGGUCCAAGCAGUUGGCGGAUGCUUUAUGGGUUAGAUAUUAACUCAGAGAAGGGGCUUGUUCUAGUUGCUGAUAACUUUGGCCUUCUGUACAUGUUGGAUACACGUACCAAGGGUAAAAUAGGGGAGGCUGUCUUGAUUCACAAAAAGGGUAGCAAGGUUGUUGGAUUGCACUGUAAUCCUGUGCAACCAGAUCUUCUCUUGAGUUGUGGAAAUGAUCACUUCGCUCGUUUAUGGGAUAUACGUCGAUUAGAAGCUGGAUCUUCUCUUGGCAAUCUUGCUCAUCGCCGAGUGGUAAAUUCUGCCUAUUUCUCUCCACAUACAGGGAGCAAAAUUCUAACUACGGCUCAAGACAAUCGUAUACGUGUUUGGGACUCUAUUUUUGUCAAUAUGGAUUCACCAAGCCGUGAAAUUGUGCAUAGCCAUGAUUUUAAUCGUCAUUUGACUGCUUUUCGAGCUGAAUGGGAUCCCAAGGAUUCAUCAGAGUCUCUUGUUGUCAUUGGUCGUUACAUCAGUGAAAACUACAAUGGUGUUGCUCUGCAUCCCAUUGAUUUCAUAGAUGUGAGCACAGGGCAACUAGUUGCUGAGGUGAUGGACCCAAAUAUCACAACCAUCAGUCCUGUGAAUAAACUGCAUCCAAGAGAUGAUGUCCUCGCUUCUGGUAGUUCAAGGUCUCUAUUUAUCUGGGGGCCUAAGGAUAAAUCUGAGGAUGUGCAAGUGAAGGAUGAAAAGAAAACAAUUGUUUUUUGUGGAAAGGCUGACAAGAAACUAAGGAAGAAGCUCGGAGAUGAAAGUGAUGAGUCCGAUGAUGAAUUAUUGAAGUCUAAGGGGAAGAUGUCGAAGACAAAGGCACCUGCCUUGAAAAAGGUCAAGAAGUGAUGUUCCAGAAUUCUGCCUAAUAUUACAUCUUUGAGGUUAAGAGAGUUUUUGCUAACCAAAUCGUGUACAUAUACUUUAGCUGGAUUUAUAGUCUAGAGCUCUGACUGGAAAUGCAUCAACUUCGGAAAAGACGACGCAUAAAUCUUUUGUAUUGCAUUGGGAAUUGGCUGAAUGAGUUGUGUUCUUCAAAGUUCACAUUGGCUCUUCCUGAAGACCAACCGCGUUUUUGCUGUUUGGUGCAACUAGCUACCUGAACAUCGGCAUGGAAUAUGAUGUACCUUGAUUGGGGUUGAUUGGUACAAGUCUUUUGAGUUGUCCGCCAUAGUGGCCUCAUCAUUUUGAUUUUAGAUAGGCUGCAAGGGCAGAUAAUUGUAACUGGUUGUGUAUCUGUAUAUACAUAUUUCGUCGUUCCCUAGUUUUAAGUUUUAACUUGCAUCAGGUUUGGUUGCUUC